AUGACAUCAGUUGAGCUCGCUUAUCAAGAGCUUGUUCGCCAACUACGCGAUGGAAUGAUCUCGAUUUCAAACGACAUCGAGGAUAAAUACGAUAAGCUGAAACCGGCGCUUAAUAUUCCAGCAACAGCUCGCCGUAUUUUUGAUCGUCUUGAGAAUUUGGAAGAACUCGCGGAUAUGAAACGCAAUGAAGUUAGUAGUUUGCUUGACGAAUGCGGAAAGGAAAAUACGACAAGGCUUGUAGAAUACAAACAGCAGGCUUCAACUUGUGAAAAACUAUUGGAAUUUAUUCAAGUGAUGAAAUCCAUUGAAGAGCAACUAAUUAUUCUACGAUCGUCUUCAAGUGAUACUAUGAAAUGGGGACAAGCUCUUAUAGCUUGUAAAGAGCAUUUACGGGAUGCUAAUGCUCAAGCUGAGGAGAUUUUAAAAGAUGGAUACGAUAUGACAGCAGCAUUGAAAAAUUUUGCUGCUGAAUACUCGCAGAUGAACUUCCAAUGCAGAUAUUUCCUCUCAGCAGAAUACGAAAUCCAUAUGAAGCUUCCAAAAAUUUCAAAGCAAACGAGUGAUAAAUCAAAUAUCUCAAUGACUAUUGUUAAAGUCGGAGAUCCAGUACAUCUUGAAAAAUUGAAUCAAAGUUUAACAGCAAUGAACAUGAUCGGACAAUUGAACGAGAGACUCGAAAACUGGAAAUCAAUUAUUGUUGACGUGUUCUGUUCAGCUAUUGUGAAAAGUCGCGAUGGACAAAAUGUGUUCCUGAUUCAGGAGCCCAUUCCGAAAAACUUUAAAUUUAUACUUUUGCCAAGUCCCAAAAACGCCAAUAAAAAGUCAAUGGAUGUUGAGAAAGUUCUUACUUCUAUGGAGGAAUUUUUCGCCCAACUCGCUGAUGUCCUCGGUGAUCUCACUCUUCUCGAUGCUUCUAUGCAAAGUUUUCGUUCUGCAAUUGGCAAAUAUAUCGAGGAACCCUUGAUUAAAAUAAUUCUUACCGACGUAAUCGCCAUCGCCGCUCCACUUUGCGAAUCAGGUGAUGCUGAUCAGGAAGCUUUCUGCAAACUCAUUGAACGCGGUGAACGAUUCGUCGAUUACAUGAAAGAAUUGAAAUUCUUCACUCAAGCCUCCAAACUUGUCUACAACUUCGACAGAGAAACCAUUUUCAUCAAUCGCCGCUGUUUUGCAAUUGUUACAAGAGCAAACAAACUGAUUAACGAAAGCUAUACGAACAUGAAAACAGUUGGAAGUAGCACAGAACAACGCGCCGGCGAAUCGCUUAUACAGGAUUCCAUCGAACAGGUUAUCUGCAAAAAAAUGGAGGAAAAGGCACCAAAUUUGGCCAAGUUGUUCAGAAGAGAAGGAGAAUAUCCGAGUUUGUUCGCUAUUCAGAAAUGCACUGUUAGCACUUCCGCUGUUGAGUUUGUUGAGCUUCUUCGAGAUGUCAUGACUGCCGCUAUUGAGAUGACAGAUGAAGCUUCCCGCGAGAAAUUGUCGACGACAGCGCAGAACAUUGUUCGACUCUACGUUAUUGUAUCUCCUAGGAAGCAUGCCGAAAGUUUCACUUCUGUUCCGCAUAUUGCCGCGAUGUUUUACAAUAAUUGCCACUACAUUGCUCAUUGCAUUAUGACAAUGCCGUUUGAAGUGGGAAACAAAGAUUCGAUGAAAGUGUUCGAAGCACUAAUCGCCGAUUCCAUCGUUCGACUUCGCGAUGCUGCUGCAGAUUGCCUUGAACAGACGUUGAUUAGAAGCCGUCGAGACCUCUCCGUUUAUCUGGAUGAUCAUCAAGCUUUUGAGCAUUUCCCGCAAAACUAUAAGAUGCAACAGAACGCCUUUAUGAACACAAUUUCUACUUCAUCUUCGCAUUCAAGCACUGAUACCAAAGGAGAGCCGAAGCUUGUGCAAUCGUUGGCCGCCUGUGUUCUUUACAUUAAUUCUAUUGCUAAAACAUUCAGAGAUGUAAUGACUGAAAUAGUUUACUGCAAAUCAAUUGCUUCGUUGGUUUCUUUUCUUCUUGAUUCAGUUACUCGUCAUAUUUUGUCAACGAGUGAUAUUCGAGAGAAUGACGCGAAUGCGAUGGCAAAUAUUUUCAAUAAUUUGCUUCAAGCGAUUGACGAGAUUCUGAUGUAUCGAGACAAGGGAAGAGCCACCGAAUUCUGUUCUGUCGAGUAUUUCCGAUUGAGAGAGAUCAUUUUUGUACUUGGAAACCGCAUGCAGGAUAUUGAAAUGAGAUGGUUUAAUGGAAAAGGACCACUUGCUGAGCAUCUCAAUCGCGCUGAAAUCGUCAAACUCAUUCAAGCACUGUUCGCCGAUUCCGAGAAGCGAGCCGAGACGUUGAAUCGACUUUAA